AUGCCUCAACCAAAAUCCACCACCGCUACUCUCAAUUACAACCUCGAUCACUCUCAAGGCGGCGCCGAUGCUAUUUAUGCUGGAACCGCCGGUGAGAAACGCAGGAAACAUGAUCCACGAACUGUAAAGAUCAACGACAUUCGAGGAUCGCCAGAAAAAUUCGAGAUCGAUACCCAUGGCUUCCAGCUGAUCGAGAGGGAGAGUCCGGAGAAGGUGUUUGAUGAUGAUGCGAGGAUUAAGGAUGUCUACUACCCGGAUUGUGCGCAGCUGAUUAGAGAGGCCACCGGCGCGACAAAGGUCCUUCCCAUGUCACACGUCGUCCGCCGUCAAUCAUGGCGAACGGCCUUCGACGCAGAAAAGGAACUCGACGACAUGGCUCGAUCCAAAGGUCCUGCGGCCGUGAUGUUUGCUCACGUCGACCAAUCCUACGACGGAGCCCGCCAAAGAGUAGGUGAUCUCUUUCCUGACACAGACCUCUCCACCCACAGAUGGGGCAUCAUCAACGUCUGGCGCCCCAUCGAACGACCGGUGACUCGAAGCGCUCUAGCCCUGUGCGACGCUCGCAGCGUCCCGGACAGCGACCUUUUGGAGGUCAAGAUACACUUCCCGGACACCCCCAUGGCUGGCGAAGACAACAAGGAGAAUCAAGCUCCGAAGGGGAGCAACAAGGACCCCUACGCUUACAGAAAACCUUUCGGGGCGUGGGAGGUUCGAGCGCCAAAGGUUGAGGGCGAGCAUAAGUGGUACUAUGCGUCAGAGAUGAGGCCUGACGAAGCUUUGCUUUUGAAGAUCUUUGAUUCGAAGAAGACGGGCGUGGCGAGGAGGAGUCCGCAUACGGCGUUCGUUUCGCCGGAGGAUCAUGGGCCUGAGAGGCAGAGUUUGGAGGUGAGGUCUUUUGUGCAGUGGGAGGAUCAGAGUUCGGAGUAG